GCCAGGGGGCUUCGGAACGCAGGACCCGGGCCCAGGGCAGCUUCAGCCCGUGUCAUUGCAGCUGUUCCCCGGACGCGAGGAGGCCGCCGGUAGGCGGUGUGCUGCUGCGCUGCUUCCGUCUUUGCUGCGCCAGCACUGCGAUUUUACAGCCUUGAAGAGUCUACUUUUUUUUUUUCACCUGCAGUAAUAAAUCCCACUAUGGAAACCCAGAAACUUUAUAAAGGGAUAUAGUUUGAAUUCUGUGGAGUGUAAUUUUGUGUAUGAAUUAUAUAUUUAAAAUACGAAGUGUUUUCAGAAAGAAGGCUAGUAGGAUUACUGGUACAUUAUGCAUAAGCAGUAAUUCUGUUGGUAAUAUUGGUAAUAUUUUAUUAGGCAUUUGUGAUAACACUAGAAAAGACAAGUUGUAUCUUUUGAUGAAUUACUUCAUCAUUAAUUACAGAAUGGAUGCAUGGUCCUUAAAUGAACGACAGGGUAUUUAAUUUUUAAAUGCAAUGUAAAACGUUACUGCUUUGGAAAUUUUCUGGUUAAGUAGUUAAGUUUAUGGAAAAAAUAGAUUGAUCAAGUACAUAAAGUGGUGUGCAAAGUUAGUAAGGAAGACAACAUAAUAAUGGUGGUGUGGGAAGUGGAAACAUGUAUAGAAAAUAUUUAACAAAGAUGGAAAAGUUAAUACUUUGUGACCUUUAAGCAAAAUUUAUUUCAUUUGAUAUCAUAUACACCCUAACAAGCUUAGGUUCAACAGAACUUGUAGGUGUUGACUUCCCCAAAAGUUGUUACUGAAGCUAACAAUCCACUUAAGUUAAUACUAUGAUGAGAAGCUAUAUGAAAUAAGUUUUUAGAUAAUGUGACUAUAUGAAGGCUUUAAUUAGUUUACUAGAAUAAAACAAUAAUUUUUUUGAUGUCAUAUUAAAGUGCCUAUAGGGAAAGAGGACUGAUGCAUAUAAUUUUUUUCCUCUUGUAUCCAGGCUUUGUAGUUUGUAAUCAAAAGCAAAUUAAGGGCAUAAUUUAAGUAUUCUAUAGUUGCUUAGCUUAAAAUGUUUGGAAUAUAACCUCUCUGAAAAAUCAGGGGUUUUUAACAUACUUUCAGAAGUGUACCGACUUCUUUCAGACCAUUAGGUUAGUGUUACACUAAAUUAUAAGCAAAUAGCACUUGAGUGACCUAAAAGAUUUAAUAUAGUCCCAGAGAGUACUAAGUGGUAACUUGGUAACCUAGAAGAAGUAGCCAUCAGGUAACCUAGGCAUUAAGUAGGAUGCCUGAGUGUGCACCCAGGUAUAAAUCCAGUAAAGAAGGUAUAGUGAAUUCUAGAUAAGUAGGAGGUUAUCAUCUGAUUCCUUUUUGUAAGUGAAAAUAUAAUUUAGUGUGAAGAGAUGAGAAGUUUCAUGUGAAAGCCUUUAGCCAUCAGAAAUUAAAAUCACCUUCUCAUGCACAAAUCUACCUUCCAAAGACUUGUCCCAAGUCCCUCUCAACGAAAAUUUAAGAAUAUAAUGGAAGAUAGCAAGAUCUUGUCAAAUUGGACAAACAGCAACAAACAAAAAAUGAAAUAUGACUUUUCAUGUGAACUCUACCGAAUGUCUACAUAUUCAACCUUCCCCACCGGUGUUCCCAUCUCAGAAAGGAGUCUUGCUCGGGCUGGUUUUUAUUACACUGGUGUGAACGACAAGGUCAAAUGCUUCUGUUGUGGUCUGAUGCUGGAUAACUGGAAACAAGGAGACAAUCCUACUGAAAAGCAUAAAAAACUGUAUCCUAGCUGUAGUUUUAUUCAGAAUUUGGUUUCAGUUACUAGUCUGGGAUCCACCUCUAAGAAUACUUCUCCAAUGAGAAACAGUUUUGCACAUUCAUUAUCUCCCACUUUGGAACAUAGUGGCUCAUUUAGUGGUUCUUACUGCAAUCUUUCACCAAACCCUGUUAAUUCCAGAGCAGUGGAAGACAUCUCCCCGUUGAGGACUAACCCCUACAGUUAUGCAAUGAGUACUGAAGAAGCCAGAUUUCUUACUUACCAGAUGUGGCCAUUAACCUUUUUGUCACCAUCAGAUUUGGCAAGAGCUGGCUUUUAUUACAUAGGACCUGGAGAUAGGGUAGCCUGCUUUGCCUGUGGUGGGAAACUGAGUAACUGGGAACCAAAGGAUGAUGCUAUGUCAGAACACCGGAGACAUUUUCCCAACUGUCCAUUUUUGGAAAAUUCUCUAGAAACGCUGAGGUUUAGCAUUUCAAAUCUGAGCAUGCAGACACGUGCAGCUCGACUGAGAACAUUUAUGUACUGGCCAUCUAGUGUUCCAGUUCAGCCUGAGCAGCUUGCAAGUGCUGGUUUUUAUUAUGUGGGUCGCAACGAUGAUGUCAAAUGCUUUUGUUGUGACGGUGGCUUGAGGUGUUGGGAAUCUGGAGAUGAUCCAUGGGUAGAACAUGCCAAGUGGUUUCCAAGGUGUGAGUUCUUGAUACGCAUGAAAGGGCAGGAGUUUGCUGAUGAGAUUCAAGCUAGAUAUCCUCAUCUUCUUGAACAGUUGUUGUCAACUUCAGACACUCCUGGAGAUGAAAGUGCUGAUCCACCCAUAGUUCAUUUUGCACCUGGAGAAAGUUCUUCAGAAGAUGCAGUCAUGAUGAAUACACCUGUGGUUAAAGCUGCCUUGGAAAUGGGCUUCAGUAGAAAGCUAGUAAAACAGACAGUUCAGAGUAAAAUCCUAACGACUGGGGAGAAUUACAAAACAGUUAACGAUAUUGUGUCCGCACUUCUUAAUGCUGAAAAUGAAAAAAGAGAAGAGGAGAAGGAAAGACAAACUGAAAAAAUGGCAUCAGAUGACUUGUCAUUAAUUCGGAAGAAUAGAAUGGCUCUCUUUCAACAAUUGACGUGUGUGCUUCCUAUCCUGGAUAAUCUUUUAACAGCCAAUGUAAUCAAUAAACAGGAACACGAUAUUAUUAAACAGAAAACACAGAUACCUUUACAAGCAAGAGAAUUGAUUGAUACCAUUUUAGUUAAAGGAAAUGCUGCAGCUAACAUUUUCAAAAACUGUCUAAGAGAAAUUGACUCUACAUUAUAUAAGAACUUAUUUGUGGAAAAGAACAUGAAGUAUAUUCCAACAGAAGAUGUUUCAGGUUUGUCAUUAGAAGAACAGUUGAGGAGAUUGCAAGAAGAGAGAACUUGUAAAGUGUGUAUGGACAAAGAAGUUUCAAUUGUAUUCAUUCCUUGUGGUCAUCUAGUAGUGUGCCAGGAAUGUGCCCCUUCUCUAAGAAAAUGCCCUAUCUGCAGGGGUAUAAUCAAGGGUACAGUUCGUACAUUUCUUUCAUAAAAGAAAACUAACUUACGUAGAAAAAUCUUUAAAAUAUUGUUGGACAUUUGAAGCUAUCUGAAGUAAAGAAAGGAGCUCUGGUGGUGCAGUUGUUGACAGCGCUUGGCUGCUAACCAAAAGAUCAGCAGUUCGACCCCACCAGCCCCACAGGAGAAAGAUUUGGCAGUCUGCUUCCCUAAAGAUUACAGCCUUAGAAGCCCUAUGGGGCAGUUCUACUCUGUCCUGUAGGGUCACCACGAGUUGGAAUCAACUCCACUGCCGUGAGUUUUGGUUUGGAAGUAAAGAAGGAAUGAUUGGUUUUUAGAUUAGUAACAUUUGUGUUCUAUUCUGCUUUGGUACGAGUAGGCUUGUUUCCAAAAAAAUAGUGUUUUCUAUCACAGUUAAUCUCAGUUUAUUUGCAGGGGAAGAUUUGUUUGAUGGAUUAUAUUGGUGUAUGUGUGUGAAUGUAGGCGUGAUUAAAGGUGUAGACACAGUGCUGUUAUGUAUCAUUUCAGAAGUUACUGGAUUUGGAAUUCUUUCUGAAAGUUGAGUAUGGCGUAAGAAUAUAGUUUAAAAGAACUGGAAAUCAGGAGCUCUGGAGUUUAUCACAGUUAUGGUGCCAAAUUCUCGGUGUUUUUCACUUGUGUUGUAAAGUAGGGAUUUUUUUUCUUAUGGUAAAUAAGCUUUUCUCUAAUUUGUGAGAAACAUCUUAAUAAAAGUACUUUAAAAAGA